CCGUGAUUGGUUUAUUUUCCUCCAAGAUCUGGACGACUGGAUCCAGGAGCCGAGGCCCGGGAGACAGAAGCGGAUCCGGCGUCCUGAGCUGAGCUGACCGGUCCCGGAGCGGAGGUAUGGUCUGAACAUGCGUUGCUUGGCAGCUCGAGUCAAUUAUAAGACUCUAAUAUUUAUCUGCUCACUUUUUACCCUGGUGACCGUCUUGCUAUGGAACAAAUGCUCCUCCAAUGACCAUUCUUCUACCCUUCCAUGGGGACCACAAUUAGGCUUGAGGGUUGAAAGCCUUGAGAAGAGGGCCGCAGCUUCUGAGAGUAAUGUGGCCAAUGGCCAGCUUCGAUCUGAGGAGGCCUCACCACAGGAGCAGCAGAAGGCACCGCCACUAGUGGGCAGUAAAGGAACCGGACUAAAGUAUGAGGAGAUAGAUUGCUUGAUCAAUGAAGAUCAGAAUGUGCGUUGUAGGAGAGAGGGCAAUGAAGUGUACAUGCCUUUCUCCUGGGUGGAGAAAUACUUUGAGGUGUAUGGGAAAAUUGCUCAGUAUGAUGGCUUUGAACGAUUUGAGUUUUCACACAGCUACUCCAAAGUGUAUGCACAACGAGGCCCAUACCAUCCCGAUGGAGUAUUUAUGUCCUUUGAAGGUUAUAAUGUGGAAGUGAGGGAUCGAGUCAAGUGCAUCAGUGGUGUAGAAGGGGUCCCGUUAUCUACCCAGUGGGGCCCACAGGGAUAUUUUUACCCAAUCCAGAUUGCCCAAUAUGGACUAAGUCACUAUAGCAAGAACUUGACCGAGAAACCUCCACAUACGGAGGUGUAUGAGAAGGCGGAUGACAAAUCUGAAGGAGUGCUGGGCACAUGGACUAUUCCUAAGGGAGCGUCUCUUACUACAGUUUAUGAUAAGUCCAGAAGUAGUCAUGUCAGACACUUUGUAGUACCAGAAAAUUCAGAGGGAGCAUCGCUGAUGCUGGGCAACACAAAAGAUUUUAUUUUGUCUCUUGACUUGAAGUUCUUGACUAAUGGUAGUAUCUCCGUGGUGCUGGAGACCACCGAGAAGAACCAGCUGUUUACUAUACACUACGUGACCAACACGCAGCUAAUUGAUUUUCAGAACCAUGAUAUCUAUUAUGGGAUUGGACCCCGAAUCACUUGGAGUACACUAACCCGUGAUCUCUUGACGGAUUUAAAAAAAGGAGUGGGACUGUCCAACACAAAAGCCGUACGUCAGACUAAGAUCAUGCCGAAGAAGGUUGUCCGCAUUGUGGCAAGGGGCAGUGGAUUUUUGGAUAAUAUCACCAUCUCAACUACUGCCCACACGGCUGCCUUCUUUGCUGCCAGUGAUUGGCUUGUCAGGAAUCAAGAUGCUAAAGGUGGCUGGCCAAUCAUGGUCACCAGAAAGCUGGGGGAGGGAUUCAAGGCUCUGGAACCAGGGUGGUACUCUGCAAUGGCCCAGGGGCAAGCAUUAUCUACCCUGGUCCGUGCCCAUCUGCUGACCAAGGAGCAGGUAUAUCUAGACUCUGCUCUCAAAGCAACUGCUCCUUUCAAAUUGGCUUCAGAAAAACAUGGAGUGAAAGCAGUUUUUAUGAACAAAUAUGACUGGUAUGAAGAGUACCCAACUACACCAAGCUCAUUUGUGCUGAAUGGGUUCAUUUAUGCCCUGCUUGGUCUCUAUGAUCUUAAAGAAACUGCUGGGGAGAAACAGGGCAAAGAAGCAAGGCUGCUAUAUGAGCGAGGGAUGGAGUCGCUCCGUGCCAUGUUGCCUCUUUACGACACCGGCUCUGGAAGUAUUUAUGAUUUAAGGCACUUCAUGUUGGGCACUGCCCCUAAUCUUGCCCGUUGGGACUACCACACAACGCACAUUAAUCAACUUCAGCUUCUUGCCAGUAUAGACGGGUCUCCAAUAUUUCGAGAAUUUAUUCGUCGUUGGAAGUCCUAUUUAAAAGGAGGCAGAGCUAAACAUAACUAGAAGGUAGCCACAAAACCAGCCAGAAACCAAAAGCUGUCGAAGUGUGACCAGUGCCCAAGCCCAGCUCUUUUCCCAUAUGCUUUGCUGACGGUGGUCCACAUCUGUCGUUGGGUUACAAAGCUGAAACGGUGCAAGGGGCAGAUAAAGCCGGGGGCUGCUCACUGUACAGCCUUGCCAUAAUGUGUGUGAAGCAUACUAGUGUUUUCUUCAAUAUUAGUUUGUCUUUGGGUAGAUGGAACCGGAUUUAGACAUAGACUGGGUUGGGUUUGAAGUACAUUAUUAUUAUAAUUUUUUUUUUUUAUUCUGUGCCUUCAGUCCUUAUGAUGUCAUAGAAACGGAGGGAACAAUGUUUAAAACCCCAUUAUCUCUUAAAGGGACUUGAGGUUUUGGCUGCUGGUGACUUGAACUCCCAGUGUAGAUAUAUUUUGUGUUGACAAUCAUAACAAGUAACUAGUUAUCUUUCAAUGACAUCACGGACCGAAACGCGCAGCGCUCCUACACCUUCCCUUUUAAGCUCAUGUCAACUAAUAUUAACCAGGGCUGUGGAGUCGGUUAGCCAAAGCCCCAACUCCAAAUCCUCAAUUUCCCCCAACUCCGACUCCCUCAUACAUGGCGCAUGUUUAAGCGAUAACUUAAUUUAAGCUUUUUAUCACCCGUAUGAUACAAUAAUCAAGCUAUUUAGGUAGAACAUAAAAUAUUUAUUGAAUACAACUUUAGAACACAAAAAACUUUAAUAAAUUGUAAAUAUGCAAAACGCUGCAGUAAGUGGGGGGGGGGAACAGUUUUUUCAACAAAAACGCCCUGAAUAACAUUUGUGGGGCGAGUAGGAAUUUGUUCUGAGAAAUAGUAUUGCCUCCAUCAGAUCCUCCUUCAUAGAUUACCUCAAAUCUGAUCGAAUUAUUUUAAGGCUAGAGAACAGCCUCUCUAUAGGACAUUUUCAUCAUUUUCUCAAAUUCUUAUGCAAAUAUAUUCAGCACAUACUGCAUUGUACUAACUGUACCAAUUUAUUAUGUAUUUUUGGAGUCGAUCCAUUUUAUAACGACUCCGACUCCACCAAAAUGGACUCCGACUCCACAGCCCUGAUUUAUUAACAAAAUACUAGAACUGUCUAAUGCACUUUAUCUCUCUCUACCUUCUUCUGCCCGGUAUGGAGUUUGUCCUCCUCUUACCCCAAAACACUUUUCCAAAGAUUCUGCCCCAAAUCUCAGACUCCUCCUUGAUGCAGAGAUGAGUGUUUUUGUGAAUUUAAAUAUAGAUUUACAUGGUAUCCAGAUAUAAAAUGCAUAGUUUUUAUACCUGCCAAAAAGCUGAAUAAUUUUUAUAAGUGGAAUCUCUCCGUCCCCCCCCCCCCCCUAUAAUAUAGAGAAUUACUUAUCAUUAAAGAGAGAGAUGUUUAUCUUUCUGCAUCCAUCUAGAAUCCCCUGCAGAACACUGUGACAAUGCCUUUAUCAUAUAGGUCACUACACUGUCUGUUCUUUAGGUCUCUUGCACACAACCAUAUUUUGAGGUCCGCAAAAUGCAGACCUGAAAAAUGCCAAUGACAUCCGCUCUGUGUCCACCUUUUGUUGCGGACCCAUUGACUUUAAUAGGUCCGCAUUUUUUCUGCAUCUGAGUUAUAGGAAAUGUUCUUUUUGUGGAACGGACAUACAGAUGUGUUAAGUACACGGACGAUCCCUGUGCUUUCCGCAUCCAUAUGCCUGUUCCACAAAAAGAUAGAACAUGUCCUAUUCUUGCCCACGAAAGCAUUAGUCAAUGGAUCCGCAAAAAACAAAAAACAGAUACAACCCAGACAUCUGUGUUUUGUGGAACUCAAAACAGAUAUGGUGUUUUCAUGUGGCCUUAUUCUGUGAUCUCACUCUCAUUCCUAAAUAAGCUUUCUGCACCAUACAUCAAGGAAAAAUGAUGCAGCUUCCAGUACUACAUAGACUUCACGGUUACCGCUUAGAGGGGUCUCCCGACUGUAAGAUGCUGGAGGUACAUUUUAGCAAGUGUUCAAUAUCUCUGCAACACCUUUUGAAAUCAAUGGGCUGUAUGUGCAAUGCAUGCAUGUGAGAGGUCCUGAGAAUCUCGUUGCCGCCAUUUUCUGGUGGUACUGAACACGAGGCCCAUCUGCUGAUUUAAAUUCCCUUUUUUUUUUUUUUUUUUUUUUUUUAAUAGGAGAUUUGAAAACUGAGGGGCACAUUUAUUAAGACCGGUGUUUUAGAUGGCAGUCUUAAUAAGCCCUGUGUAGCUGGUGGUGGAACACUGAAGUUAUGUACAGGCGCCGCCCUAUACAUAACUUAUGUGCAUCCAGCGCUGAUUCUAAAUGUAAGACAGUUUUGUGCUGCCUUACACUUAGACCUUUUACUCUACCUUAACCAGGCAUAGAAAAUGCUGAAUUAGACAGGCCUGCCGGUCUGUCCUCUUCCCCGCCCACGCCAUACCCACUUUUUUAGACCUGACGUCGCAAAUUUUUUAGACCUGACGUCGCAAAAAGGGAGAGGGUCGCAAAUUCUGCAGCACCAUAGCGUGCGCCGUGGCGUAUAUCUGGUUAUAAAUGACCCCCUGAGUUUCUACACCAGACAUACUCGUUAACACCAAAACCAUCUUUUUAUUUAUUUUUUGUCAGGAAUUGGCACUUCUCCCAUUGAAUUUGGAGCCGCGGGAGUUGGAGAGGUGCUCUUACAGGGUGGCUCUUUGUUCUGACUGAUAGAGGCGGAACCUGCCUCUGGGACAUGAGGACUGGGUUGUCUUCAUGAGACAGCCUCUCAUACACACAAGUGUUUGUCUUCCAUCUGCUUUUGUAUUUUUUGUGGAUCCAUACCAUGCAUUUCUCUGGGGGGCCUUGCACACUUCUGUUUUUCUGCUCCACAGGUUAUAGAACAUGGUCCGAUUUGUGAACAAGAAUAGUCCUUUUUGUUGAUGGGAGUGAGUGGAGUUCACACAGAAGGUAUCCACAUUUUGCAGAUCGAAAUACGGACACGACCCUGUGCAUGUAGCCUAAAGGCCCCCAUACACAUUAGUGUAUUGUCAGCUGAACCUGAAUGGUGGGCUCAGACAACAGUCUGUGUGUGAGGAGCUCCUGACGUCUGAAACAUGAUUUUUGAGGGAAGAGAAGGAUUAGGUGAAAUUAUAAUUUUUCGCCUGAUCUUUUUGUUUUCUCUGGAGUGUCUGUCAGCAGCUUUCUCCACUCCCCCCACUGAAGACACAUCCACUUUCAGCUCAACUAGACAGAGUGGUCGGCCAAACGACCGUUCGGCUGAUCACCAUAGAAUGUGUGUGGCCUCCCUAAAUUGUAUGUUUUUGAGUAUCUUCAAAACUCUUCACUGCGGAACCUUUUGUUAUCUAGCACAUCUGCUGUACUGGUGCUAGAUAGCUGGGAGACAGAACCCAAGAUAGCUUCAUCACAAGUAACCAGAUAGGUAAGACUUGCAAAGGGGUUAUGUCCUAGCUAAAAACUGAAUUAAAUUUUUAUUUAUUUUUUUAUGCCCAGAAUUGCACUUUUAAGGGGAUUCUUCACCUCUUCUGACAUGUCUGUUUUAGUAAAUACUUGAAUUUCCCAUGAAAUAACAAUUCUGGGGCAUCUAUCCUUAGAACUGUGUUUUCUGAUGUUCCACUGCUAGUCGUCCUGGUUAUUUUGUGAAUAAACUGACAAAUGGGUGUUACUUUUCCCAUUGUCAGGGUGUCACUACACGUUCUGGCUUUCUCAUUGAUUGGACAGCGUCAGACUGUGUUUGGACACGACCCCAACUCGUAAGAUUCGGUUGUCAGUUUAUUUUUAAACUUCCUGGGUGAAUAACGAAGGAAUGGUACAAUGCAAUUUUAUUAGAAAAACAUGCCUGAGAAUUGUUAUUUUAUGAAGAUCACAUGUCGGGAGCGGUGAGAGGUCCUCCUGUAUUAUAUACCUGGAGAAAAAGAGAUUGUAGCACAUUUUGGAUCCAAUAGUUUUUGUGGUGUUUCUUUUUCCAUAAUUUUGUCACUUGGACUAAUUCUGCUGGUCAUAAGAUCUGAUAACUCAGUUCAGGUGGAAUGUCUCUUGAGAUUAGCUAGGCUGUGUUCACACUAGUGUCCAUUCUGAGCCUGUUGGCAUCUCUGGCGGAUUUGACAGGAAGAAUAAUGCUGCUUGUGGAACUGGACUUCCCGACAAAGUCAGUGGUGUUCAUGUAGUGCCAUUAGUAUCCGGCAUAGCAUGGUGGCAUCCAUUUGAACUGAGGCUACAAUGCUAGUGUGAACAUAGCCAUAUACAUAUUCUUCUGGCUACGGUGGUUGCCUGUACAGUAUACGGUAAUGGCGCUUAAAUCCUAAUGGUACAACUGUUUUCCCGAGUGCCCAAGACUGGCCGACACUAAUGGAAUAUUGAAUAGAAAUGCAUUAUCCAGGGUCACUCCCCAUUCACAAAGCUGACACUACAGGAUGCAUAUAUUUUUGAUAGAAAAUUACAGAAUAUUUUAUGCUAUAUGGAUUAAAGGCUAUUAAGUGACAAAUAUAUGGACGUCUCCCCGACCUGAAUCCAGGAGGCUUGUAUUAGUUAUCUAUUAUAGAUUCUUUUUAUAGGGGUGUAAUAUUUUAGAACUGUUUGUUGUAGAUGGCCUGCCGAAUUAUGCAGUCUUCCAGUGUGUUUUAUUAUUUUAGCUUAUAACCGGUGCCCCUCAUCCCUGUCCUAAUUUUAGCUGAACCCCUUAGGCCAGACACACUCGUGAAUUCAAUGCAAGUUGCAGCGUGUGUCAUUUGUGAGGUCUCGUUCUGACCCCUUUCCUCUGACCGGAUUUCACAUCAUUAGGACUCCUGCACACGACCGUUGUUUUGGGUCCGGAUGUGGACCCAUUCACUUAGUGGGGCCACAAAAGAUGUGGACAGCACUCCCUGUGCUGUCCGCAUCCAUUGCUCUGUUCCAUGUCCCCGGACAAGAAUAGGUUUUUCUAUUAUGUGCUGCCUGUUCCGCAAAUUGCAGAACGCACACUGCCGGCAUCCAUGAUUUGCGGACCGCAUAACACAGUGCGAUAGUGUGCUUGAGUCCUUAUAAUGAUUUAUAAGGCUCUGUGACCCGGAGUGUCCUGGAAUCUACUGAAUUAGGGUAGACAUAAUGCUGUCAAUGCAAUACAGUAGAUUCCAGGACUCUGUGUCCCACAGCAUUAUCAAUCAGUAUAAUUCUGCCCGAUCCUGUCUGAACGGGACCUCACACUGGCACACACUGCGAGUCUCUCGCUCGUUUGUGUCUGGUCUUGAUGAUUCCACAGUAGAAUUCCCAUUUCCUGUCUGAUUUAAAAGUCCUUUAAACUAGUCCAACAGUAGUCUCACCCUUAAAGGGGUUGUCCCAUCGUAACCCAUCACUAGGAUAUGCCACAAAUGUCAGAUCCUAUCCCCAUAACUGUGCCCCCUCCUGGCAUGUGUGUGUUUUUUUGUUUUUGUUUUUUUUUAGUAUGAAGUAGUUCUGGGCUUUUUUUUUUUUUGCCAUGACAUUUGGGUGUUCCCAUGUCCCUACACAAUCUGGUUCUGGUAUUACUAGCUGGACUUUGUCAAACUGUGCGAGAACGCACCCUAUUGACAGCAUCACUUGGGUGAUAUUGACCUAUAUGUGGAUACAGCCACCUAUGCCUUAUUCCUCACACGUCUCCUUUAUUUUAUGUCACAUUUGAGGAUAAUUAGGGCUCAUUCUAUGUGCACAAGAAGCUGUACGGUGGGAUGCAUGGUCCUCAUGGCUCCAGAGCUAUAGGUGCUCUAACUGGUGCUGUUUGGUGCCUCUCUACAGUGCUGUUUUAUAGAGAUAUUCUUCCCUAGGGCCAGUUCUUCACCAGAAUACGGCAUCUAAUGGAACAAACUAUAAUUUGUCAUUUCAUGUGAAUCUGACAGGGAAAAAAAAAAAAUAAACUCUACAUGCAGAGAUACAGAAUAGCCCGUACAAAGUCGUAAUACAAUCGUGUGGAUGACCCCUAAUAUUGAGGGGAGUCCCAGCUGCAGGACCAUCACUGAUGUGACUUCUUGCAUUUCAUUUAGACCUAUAUGUAAUUAGAACUAGUCCCUCUAAAGAGUAGUUCAAAACAAUGGACACCUUUUUAAGGUCUUUUGCACAUGACCGUAUGCCUUUUUCAGUAUUUUGUGGUCCGCAAAAAAGGAACCGCAAGAAAUACGGAUGACGUCUGUGUGCAUUCCGUUUUUUAAGGAACAGCUGGCCCCUGAUAGAACAAUAAUAUCAUUGUCCGUUAUGCAGACAAUAAUAGGACAUGUUCUAUCUUGAAUGGAAGUACGGAAGGCACACGGAGUAUCUUCAGUUUUUUUUUUUUUUGUAGAUCCAUGAAUGGUACCGUAUAUGGAACGCAAAAAACAGGAGGGGGGGGGGGGACAUGUGCAUGAGGCCUAAGGGUGUGUAUUUUUGUUUUAAUUCUACUCCUUUUAGGCUAAAACAUAUUUUUUUUUAGUUGGUCUUUAUUUUAAAAAAUAAAUAUUCCGUCAGAAACUUGCUGUGUUGGCUAUAGUCCUGAUUACUGAGCUCCUGACGGCUUAUAAACACUAAUUUGAGCUUAAUUCUUACUACAAUCUUAAGAAUUUAGCUGUGAGCAGCUUUCUGACAGAUUUAGGUGGUAGGCAACAGUCUGCAGAUGCAGUCACGUUUUAAUACAAAUUGAAAAAAAGAAUUGUAGCCCAAAAUGGGUAGAGUGUAAUAAGAACCAAUUGCUCCCGAAGCUGCCAUGGCCUUAAGUGUAACUGUCAUUCUUCUUUUUAUUUUUUAUUUUUAUUUGUGUAAUGUAUAGGGGCAGUGAUACUGACCAUUUUUGUAAUAUACUUUUAAUUACUGAAAUCCUACAUU